AGCUUCUCCAGGAAAGUAAACACACCAUUCCGUCAAGAUGGCCCCAGUCUCUGUGUUCGGUGCUACACUACUCGUGUCAUUUUCAGUGUUUCUGACAGUUGUGUUGGGGUUUGGACUUCCUGCUCUACUGAACGCAGCGAUGAGGAUGUUGGGAUUACCGGAGACGAGUGUUACCGAGUGCAUAGUUGUGCUGUAUUUAGUUUUUGUGUUGUGUGUUGCAACGCCCCGACUUCCAAGAGGAUUGGUGGAGGUGAAGGGGAAAGCUGUACUUAUUACAGGUUGUGACACUGGAUUUGGCCAUGCACUUGCCAAACAUCUGCACAAGCUUGGCUUCAUUGUGUUUGCAGGAUGUCUUUUGAAGGAUAAAGAUGGAGAGGGUGCAAAGGAGCUGGAGGAGUUUCAUUCAGAUCGUAUGAAGGUAAUCCAGCUGGAUGUCUGCAGUGAGGAGCAGGUGAAACAGGCUGUGGAAUAUAUCAAGGACAACAUGGAGGACUCUGAAAGAGGUCUGUGGGCUGUGGUAAACAAUGCCGGUGUGUCAACAUUUGGAGAAGUGGAGUUUACCUCCAUGGACACCUACAAAGAGGUGUCGGAAGUCAACCUGUGGGGCACUAUCAGGGUCACCAAAGCUGUUCUACCAUUAAUCCGCAGGGCCAAAGGCCGUGUGGUGAACCUGGCCAGCAUGUAUGCGAGGAUGGGAAAUGUCAUGCGGUCCCCUUACUGUAUAUCUAAAUACGGCGUGGAAGCUUUUUCUGACUGCCUGCGCUAUGAGAUGAGGGGCUGGGGCGUUAAGGUGUCCAUAAUCGAACCUGGGAACUUCAUUGUGGCCACCGGCAUCCUGACCCGUGACAUUGUGGCCAGCACAGCCAACAAGCUGUGGAACGAGGCGCCCUCGAAUGUGAAGGAGGAUUAUGGGAAAGCCCACUUUGAGCACCACAUGGGUCUGAUGCGCUCUUACUGCAACAGCGGACACAAGGAUGUGGCCCCUGUUAUGGAUGACAUCGCCGACGCCAUCAUGUCCAAGCGUCCUUACUCGCGAUACACCCCCAUGGAGCCACACUGGUGGAUCAGACUGCAGCUGAUGACCCACCUGCCCGGCGCCAUAUCCGACUUACUCUAUUUCUAAAUGAGAAGCUGUUGCUGUGUUAGCUCCCUCUGUCUCCUUCUCAGAUCACAGAUAGCAGCAUAUCUUUUUAACUCUAUAGCACUGCGCAGAUCUACAGACUUACCCUGAAGAGGGUUCUCUGCUAUGUAUUCCUCAGCACUUGAAAUCAUUCACUGAUGAAGCCUUAAAACUUAAUCGUUUUUUAAACCGUAAGUAAAUUAUUGCACUUUGCUUUUUGUACAUCUUAGGAAAACCACAACUUUAUCUAUACAGAUAUACUCUGUGAUAAGUAGUAACUACUUUGUGAAGGAUAUCAGCAGGGCUCUGACAUACUCGUACCUAUAAACACUGCAUCUUUAUUGCUUUCUGUGGUAUUGUCUUUUUUAAAAAAACUGUGUGUUUGUCCCUUAUAUAUUUUGUUUUUUCCUGAUACUUGUAAUUUUUGCCUUACGGGAAUCUUCUGGGGCCCCACUGGCAUGAGGACCAAAGCUGUUAGAGCUCAAGAGAAGGCUCCUACUGUUCUGUUGUGGCUGUCGCCGGAACAAACCAAGGUCAGCUACUGUAAGACUGUGGUGAGAUUUGGCUCGACUCGCCCCCAGAGUUACGUAACAACAACACUAGCCCACUUUGUCUCACAUGCUCCAGUAGAUCCUGCGUGCUACUUCGACAGUGGGGUUGAUUGAUGUGAUUAAUGGGCGUGCUUGAACACAAAGGUUGCCCCCCCCCCACCACCACCCUUCCUUGGUGGAUAAGUAUUUUGUAAAUAGAACGAAUAAAGCAUUUUAAUUUUACAAUAUUAUAAUCACAGUAUCAUUUUUAAAGAAUGAUUUGAAAUAAAGUGACCAAAAUGUGA